ACUUUCUCACACCAAUAUCAAUAUUCUCUUAGCUUAUUCCACAUUACAAUCUUCUUCAAAUCUUUACCAAGCUCUGUAAUCCUCAUCAUGGGUGUAUUCACUUAUGAAACAGAGUUCACCUCUGUCAUCCCACCCCCAAGACUGUACAAGGCAUUUGUCCUUGAUGCUGAUAACCUCAUCCCCAAGAUUGCCCCACAGGCUGUGAAGAGUGCCGAAAUCGUUCAAGGUGAUGGAGGUGUUGGAACCAUCAAGGAGAUUCACCUCGGUGAAGGAAGCCAAUACAGUUACGUGAAGCAUCAGAUUGAUGGACUUGACAAAGACAACUUUGGCUACAACUACAGCAUUAUCGAAGGGGAUGCUAUCGGAGACAAUGUUGAGAAAAUCUCCUAUGAGAUCAAGUUGGUGGCAUUUCCAAGUGGUGGCUCCAUCAUCAAGAGCACCAGCCACUACCACUGCAAAGGUGAGGUUGUGAUCAAGGAAGAGCAUGUCAAGGCCGGAAAAGAAAGAGCCGCUGGUUUAUUCAAGAUCAUUGAGAACCACCUUUUGGCCAACCCUGAGGCCUACAACUAAAUCAAACCAUGACAAUGCUACUGCAUUAUCCUGUUCUGUUGUGUCCUGUUUUUGUUUUUUUUGUCAUGUUGUGUCAUUGUGAUAUAUUUCUCUUUCCUUUCCUACCAAACCAGGGAUUGUCUUGGCUUGCACUCCCGGUGAUGGUGAAUUGUAUGUUACAUUGGAAUAUUUUUGAAAAAUAAAGAAUAAAACUCAUGUUUCUCUC